UGAUAUAGGAGCCUACAUAAAGCAGCGCGGCGUGUCGCAGCCAGAUGAAGCGUAAAAGAUGACUCUGCGAGGUAAAGUGGCUCUAGUUACGGGCGGAGCCCAAGGCAUCGGUAGAGCCGUCGCAGAAAGCCUUCUGAAGAAUGAAGCAAAGGUUGCACUUGUUGACUUGAAUCAAAGUGUCGGAGAGGAAUGCAAGAAGAUUUUAGAUGGAGAGUUUGGAGAUGGGAACUGCAUUUUCAUUCAGUGUGACGUGACGGACAGAUUGAAACUUAAAGAUGCUUUUCAAAGUACAGUCGACCGGUUUGGAAGAUUGGACAUUGUUGUCAACAAUGCUGGCAUCAACAAUGAGAAGGACUGGGAGAAGACCAUUGAAGUAAAUCUGACAUCAGUCAUCAAGGGAACUUACCUGGCCCUGGAUCAUAUGAGCAAAGAGUAUGGAAAAGAAGGAGGAGUCAUCAUCAAUGUAUCAUCCAUGGCAGCUUUCCUUCAUUCCCCCUACCAGCCAGUGUAUACGGCCACAAAGCACGGGGUGAUAGGCUUCUCCAGAGCCAUAGCGGAUGCAGCCGAAGUGGAGAACUAUGGUGUGAGGAUCAACACGCUGUGCCCUGCCUUCGUGGACACCCCUCUCCUGCGCUCUGUGGAACACGAGGACAACAUGGGCAAGUUUGACAAGUUCAAGGACGACUUAAAGAGGAGCGUGCACAAGUUCGGGGUGCUUCAACCUUCGCUGAUCGCAGAGGGAGUGUUGCGCCUGAUAACUGAUACCGGUCUAAACGGCGCCGUGAUGAAGAUCACCUGCUCUAAAGGGAUCCACUUCCACACCUACGAGCCCCUGUCCGCUUGAGAGGAACAACGCGGAAUACCGUCGGACUUCUGUCACCCACCCAGACAAAGGAACUUAAAGUGGUCGGAGUAUGGAGUCAUUCAGAAAGUAGACCCAUGUCUCUAUGGAAUUGGUAGAAAUGUAGGCCCAUUGAAUUAGGAAUUAGAAUAAGUAAUUUAA